AUGGGGUACAACAUAGCCAUGGCAUGCGAUUUUUUUUAUCCGCAACUUGGAGGUGUCGAAUUUCACAUAUAUCACUUGUCACAGAAUCUUAUCCGGUUAGGACACUCAGUGGUAGUCAUUACACAUGCAUAUGGCGAUAGAGUUGGAGUGAGGUACUUAACGAAUGGAUUAAAAGUAUACCACGUCCCAUAUUUUGUGUUACAUAGAGAAACGACCUUCCCAAAUGUUUUUGGAACCUUCCCAGUAAUCAGAAAUAUUCUACUUAGAGAGCAAAUAGAUAUCGUUCACUCCCAUGGCAGUGCUUCAACGUUUUCGCUGGAAGCUAUAUUUCAUGCCAAUACCAUGGGAUUGAAGACUGUUUUUACCGAUCAUUCCCUAUAUGGAUUCUCAAAUAUAACAGCUAUUUUGGUUAAUAAACUAUUGACGUUCACAUUAACUAAUACGGAUAAAGUAAUAUGUGUCUCCCACACAUGUAAAGACAAUAUGAUAGUCAGAACCGACAUUGAUCCACGUAGAAUAUCUGUUAUUCCAAACGCUGUGGUCAGUGAAGACUUCUCACCGUUGCCUGAAAAAAGGACAGCAGCGAAAAAUGGUAUUGUCAUUGUUGUUAUCAGUAGAUUAUACCCAAACAAAGGUGUUGAUUUAUUGACGAGGCUCAUUCCUAAAAUAUGUUCAUUGCACAAGGAUGUGAGCUUUAUAGUGGCUGGCGAUGGGCCCAAGUUUGUUGAGCUACAACAAAUGAUCGAGUACUGCAGGCUUCAAGAAAGAGUUAACUUGAUGGGAUCUGUGCCUCAUGAAAAGGUCAGAGAUGUAAUGUGCCAAGGUGAUAUUUAUCUACACCCUAGUUUAACGGAAGCAUUUGGCACAGUGCUCGUCGAGGCAGCCUCAUGUGGUCUUUUAAUUGUUUCGACUAGAGUGGGCGGGAUUCCUGAGGUUCUACCAAGUCAUAUGACAGUUCACGCUAAUGAAACAAGUGUUUCCAGCCUUGUAGAAGCGACCAAUGAAGGGAUAAGGCAGAUUCGAUUGGGCAAAAUCGAGACAUCCUCAUUCAAUGAUGAGAUUUCUAAGAUGUACAAUUGGGUAGAUGUUGCAGAGAGAACCGUCAACGUUUAUCGUGGAAUUUACAGUGACCAAACGCCGGAAGAUAAAAAUUGGGCUAUAAUGGUGAAAAAGUUCUUCAAAAGAGAUGGGAGCUGGGCAAGAUUAUUGUACGUUCUUUGCGCAAUCGUAGAGUACUUUAUUUUUUUCUCAUUGGAAUGGUUAUAUCCCAAGGAAGACAUCGAUCUAGCACCGAAAUGGCCCCAUAGGGUGUAA